CUUUCUCAACUUUGUUCAACUAGACGACUCGACUCUCCCCUGCCCAAUUCAGUCUCCCACUCCUCCUAUCCGUCCCUGGCGUCUCUUUUUCUUCUUUCGCGCUGGUUAAUUCUUGUGCAGUUCCGCAUCUUCAUUCUUCUAUACUCUUCUUUUUCUUUCUUUCUUUCUUUCUAGCCCUUUCCCUUUCAGUGUCACCAUACCAUACCCCUUUGUUUUGUGAUGGUAGUCUCAAGUCUGCAUCACUUUCUGUAUACGAUACUACUUGUAUGCAUUCAGCUGUGUCGUCAGUAAUUAUCUUUAUAUCACCCAACUAACACCUAAAAGCGGCUGCUGCUGCUGCUGCUGCUCUUCUAACAUCUUUCUCUUCCUCCACAAUUUCAAGUACUACGUGAUAAUCAGUGCUGAUACUCUCUUUCUCUUUCUUUUUCCCUUUUCCUACUAAUUAGAACCAUACAAAUUUUAUCUUGCCCGGCUUCCCCAUCCUUGUUAGUUUUUACUCUUUUGACGAAGAAAGAAUCCACGGAGAGAGAUAGAGACAUUAUGGCUACGAACAGCAGCAGCGAUAGCAUGAAUAGCAGCAUAGAAAUGGACAAGGAGAGAUUGACGGCGGAGGUGGCGUUCAAGGACUCGUCUUCCGUGGUUAUCAAAAUCCGGCGCAAGUUACCCGACUUCUUGACUUCCGUGAAGCUCAAAUACGUGAAAUUGGGAUUAGGAUAUGUAUAUUCAUGUAACCCCCCGGCCAAUGUUCUCAUGUUCCUCCUCAUUUUGCCCCUCUUUCUUGCCACUCUCAUCCAAACAGCCGAUUUGAUCAGGUUCGACCGCCUGUCGUCUCAUCUUCUGCGAGUAGUCUUAUUGCGGACCACCACCAGCAUUUCUGAUCUUCAUCAGGUGGUGGUAGCGGAGGCGGUCGACGUGAAUGACAGCAGGGUCGCCGGUCUGACUUGCUCGGUGGUGCUGAUGUUGUUGUUAGGCUUAUACUUGGCCACCCGCCCUCGCCCCAUUUAUUUGGUCGACUUCGCUUGCUACAAGCCCGAAGACCAACGCAAGAUGUCGGUGGAUUCAUUCUUGAAGAUGACCGAGGAUAACGGAGCCUUCGGCGACGACAGCCUUCAGUUCCAGAGGAGAGUAUCAGUCCGUUCGGGCCUGGGCGACGAUACCUAUCUCCCCAGGGGCAUCACCUCCAGUCCCCCCAACCUGUGCAUGGAAGAAGCCCGGGCAGAGGCGGAGGCGGUCAUGUUCGGGGCCCUGGAUUCCCUCUUCGCCAAAACAGGAGUCAGACCUCAGGACAUCGGCGUCCUCAUCGUCAACUGCAGCUUGUUCAACCCCACUCCCUCUCUCUCCUCCAUGAUCGUCAACCACUACAGGCUGAGAGCGAACAUCAAGAGCUACAACCUAGGGGGAAUGGGGUGCAGCGCAGGCCUCAUCUCCAUCGACCUGGCCAAGCACCUCCUCCUCAAAGGCAACCCAAACACCUACGCCCUGGUAGUCAGCACCGAGAACAUCACCCUCAACUGGUACUUCGGCAACGACCGCUCCAUGCUUCUGUGCAACUGCAUCUUCCGCAUGGGGGGCGCUGCCGUGCUCCUCUCCAACAGGUCCAUGGACAGGUCCCGCUCCAAGUACCAGCUUGUGCACACGGUUCGGACCCACAAGGGGGCGGACGACAACAGCUACAACUGCGUCUACCAGAGAGAAGACGAGAAAGGGACGGUGGGGGUGUCCCUAGCUCGGGAGCUCAUGGUCGUGGCUGGGGACGCUCUGAAGACCAACAUAACCACACUGGGGCCUCUGGUGUUGCCCCUGUCGGAGCAGUUGAUGUUCUUCCUUACCCUGGUAAAGAGGACGGUGUUAAGGGCCAGGAGAGUGAAGCCAUACAUCCCAGACUUCAAGCUGGCCUUCGAGCAUUUCUGCAUCCACGCGGGGGGGAGAGCAGUGCUGGAUGAGCUGCAGAAGAACUUGAACCUCUCCGACUGGCACAUGGAGCCCUCCAGGAUGACCCUCCACCGCUUCGGCAACACCUCCAGCAGCUCCCUGUGGUACGAGCUGGCCUACACCGAAGCCAAAGGCCGGGUGUCCAAGGGCCAUAGGGUGUGGCAAAUUGCUUUUGGAUCGGGCUUUAAGUGUAACAGCGCCGUCUGGAGAGCCCUCAGGCCAAUUUCCUCUGUUGCUGCUGCUGGGGAUGAUGAUGACUGCAAGGCUAACCCCUGGGCCGACUGCAUCCAUCGAUACCCGGUGAAGGUUGCCGCCGCACUUGCAUAGACCACCGGGCCUCUUUUUUUUCCUAGUUACUGCAAUUAAAUUUGAAGUUAAGAACAGACAAAAAUAUGCAGAAACUAAAUGAACCUCACUAGGCCGGCGGCCGGCCAUGUUGUUCAUUCGUUCCCAUGUAUUCUGUGCCUCCUAUAUAAUAAGCCUAGUAGAUUAAUAGUAAAAUGCGUUUAAUUCCAAUAUCUGCCACUUGAGGUCAGCAGUUGCCUAGCUAUGCAAUUACUAGUACUAGCAGAUGAUCAUUAGUAUCGGUAGAGAUUCUCAUUUAGUUCCAGUCAAUUCUUUCUCAUCAGUUUCCAGCAGAUUAUGUUCAUGCCUGGGACCGUAAACCAUUGGUGUUACCUAGUACGUAUUAUUGGUUUGAAUUUGAAAUUAAUUCGAAGUAUUACUCCAA